GAGCCGGAAGUUCCUCCGAGAGCAGACGACGCCGUGCGCGGGCAGCUUUCUGUACCCCAGUGUGUGUGGCAGUCGCUGCCAUGGGCAAAAGAGACCGGGCGGACCGCGACAAGAAGAAGUCCAAGAAGCGGCACUACGAGGAUGAGGAAGAAGAUGACGACGACGCCCCUGGAAACGACUCUCAGGAGGCCGUACCCUCAGCGGCCGGGAAGCAGGUGGACGAGUCGGGCACCAAAGUGGACGAAUACGGGGCCAAGGACUACAGGCUGCAGAUGCCUCUCAAGGACGACCACGCUUCCAGGCCCCUCUGGGUGGCUCCUGAUGGCCACAUCUUCUUGGAAGCCUUCUCUCCAGUUUACAAAUAUGCCCAAGACUUCCUGGUGGCUAUUGCCGAGCCGGUGUGCCGGCCAACCCACGUGCAUGAGUACAAGCUAACUGCCUACUCCCUGUAUGCAGCUGUCAGCGUUGGGCUGCAAACCAGUGACAUCACUGAGUACCUCAGGAAGCUCAGCAAGACUGGAGUCCCUGAUGGAAUCAUGCAGUUUAUUAAGCUGUGUACGGUUAGCUAUGGGAAGGUCAAGCUGGUCCUGAAGCAUAACAGGUACUUUGUUGAAAGCUCACACCCCGAUGUCAUCCAGCAUCUUCUUCAGGACCCAGUGAUCCGGGAAUGCCGCCUGAGGAACUCUGAGGGGGAGGCCACAGAGCUCAUCACAGAGACUUUCACGAGCAAAUCUGCUAUCUCUAAGACUGUUGAAGGUGGCGGCGGGCCCUCCACCUCCCGGGCGACAGAUCCACAGGGUAAAUCUGACAUCCCUACGGACCUGUUUGAUUUCUAUGAGCAAAUGGACAAGGAUGAGGAAGAGGAGGAAGAGACACAGACAGUGUCCUUUGAAGUCAAACAGGAAAUGAUUGAGGAGCUCCAGAAGCGUUGCAUCCACCUGGAGUACCCUCUGUUGGCCGAAUACGACUUCCGGAAUGAUUCUGUCAACCCUGAUAUCAACAUUGAUCUGAAACCCACAGCUGUCCUCAGACCCUACCAGGAGAAGAGCUUGCGGAAGAUGUUUGGCAAUGGGCGUGCGCGUUCUGGGGUCAUUGUUCUUCCUUGCGGUGCUGGGAAGUCCCUGGUUGGCGUGACAGCUGCGUGCACCGUCAGAAAACGCUGUCUGGUGCUGGGGAACUCAGCUGUGUCUGUGGAACAGUGGAAAGCCCAGUUCAAGAUGUGGUCCACCAUCGAUGACAGCCAGAUUUGCCGCUUCACCUCUGAUGCCAAGGAUAAGCCCAUAGGCUGCUCCGUUGCCAUUAGCACUUACUCCAUGCUGGGCCACACCACCAAAAGGUCCUGGGAGGCUGAGCGUGUCAUGGAGUGGCUCAAAACCCAGGAGUGGGGCCUCAUGAUCCUGGAUGAGGUGCACACAAUACCAGCCAAGAUGUUCCGCCGGGUGCUCACCAUCGUGCAGGCCCACUGCAAGCUGGGCUUGACCGCAACCCUCGUCCGGGAAGAUGACAAGAUUGUCGACUUAAAUUUUCUGAUCGGGCCUAAGCUCUAUGAAGCCAACUGGAUGGAGCUGGAGAACAACGGCUACAUCGCCAAAGUCCAGUGUGCUGAGGUUUGGUGCCCAAUGUCACCCGAAUUUUACCGGGAGUAUGUGGCAAUCAAAACCAAGAAACGAAUCUUGCUGUACACCAUGAACCCCAACAAGUUCAGGGCUUGUCAGUUUCUGAUCAAGUUUCAUGAAAGGAGGAAUGACAAGAUUAUUGUGUUUGCUGACAAUGUGUUUGCUCUGAAGGAGUACGCCAUUCGUCUGAACAAACCCUAUAUUUAUGGACCCACAUCCCAGGGGGAAAGGAUGCAGAUUCUCCAGAAUUUCAAGCACAAUCCCAAAAUCAACACCAUCUUCAUAUCCAAGGUAGGUGACACAUCGUUUGACCUACCAGAAGCAAAUGUCCUCAUUCAGAUCUCAUCCCACGGUGGCUCCAGGCGGCAGGAGGCACAGAGGCUAGGGCGGGUGCUCCGAGCUAAAAAAGGCAUGGUUGCAGAGGAGUACAACGCCUUCUUCUACUCGCUGGUGUCCCAGGACACACAGGAAAUGGCUUACUCUACCAAGCGCCAGAGGUUCUUGGUAGAUCAGGGUUAUAGCUUCAAGGUGAUCACAAAGCUAGCGGGCAUGGAGGAGGAAGAGCUGGCGUUUUCCACUAAAGAGGAGCAGCAGCAGCUGUUACAGAAAGUGCUGGCAGCCACCGACCUGGACGCUGAGGAAGAGGUGGUGGCUGGAGAAUUCGGCUCCAAGUCCAGCCAGGCGUCACGCCGCUUCGGCACCAUGAGUUCUAUGUCCGGGGCCGACGACACAGUGUACAUGGAAUACCACUCGUCCCGGAGCAAGGCCACCGCCAAACACGUGCACCCCCUCUUCAAGCGCUUCAGGAAGUGAUGCCCUCGCAGCCUAGCUGGCUGAACCCCGACCCCUGGCUCCCGCACUGGACAGGGAUCUUGAGCCCAUAUCCACGUGCUGUCGUGCAGUGAGCCCAGCUGAGCCAACCCGGGUCUGCCACCUGCUGUGUGUUCUGCCCAUGUGCUCAUCAGGGCUUAAAAACUAAGCAGACUGUUUAGACAAAUGGGGGCAUGGGUCUUUCCUGUAUAUACAAAUUUGUAAUAUGUAAGGUGUAUUUAUCUUCCUGUUCUCCUAAAGCAUAAACGGAACAUUUUGCCACUCUUGGCUGUGAGGCCUUUUUACGCCAUG